AUGUCUGCUUCAAGUGUUCGUCAAAAGCCAUCCGAUGACGCUUUUUACGAGAAUUUGACUUUGGGAUUAAUUAAAGUAUUAAGCAACAUACCACGAAUAACGAACAUUAAUUACGAUAAAAGAAAUCCCGCUGAAAGAAAUAGUGUGAAUGCUUGGGAGUCGCGACACAACGUCAUACUUCCACCUGAUAUGAAAGCAUUUUAUCUUUGUACCGACGGAUUUUGUUUAUUCUGGUCUUACGAGUAUUCAGCGAAUGAUGUUAAGCGUGUUGGUAAAAUUCAUAUUCCUCAUUUGAUUCAAAUUACGUUAGUACGCGAGAAUCUUGAAACGAUUAUGGCAUCACCAGGAAAUCAAAACUCACCGAAACCAACGAUUUCAAUCGCGAACGAUGCAAUUCCACCGUUAAAUCUGACAACGAAAAGUAAAAUCUUCGAAUUGAGCAACAUUUUAGAAAUGGCAAAAGUUGUGAUGCUUUAUGAAACACCUGAAGCAUCUCCAAGGAUUUAUUUACUUGAGAUUGACACUUUGAAACUUCAAUUUCUUGCUGACACAUUCUCGGAAUAUCUACGAAUGGCGAUCGCUCAUCUUGGCCUCCCUUACUGGGAACUCUGCUUCUCAACAGCGUGUUCAUUACCAACAUGGACGCAGCAAUUAUUUUUACUGUUGGCUCCACAUUUACUCGAGAAUAAUGAACCAAGACGAAAUACAAGAAGCUUUCAUAAUGGAACUGAUGAAACUCCACCGUUUAAUACUUUAGAUCCAUCAGUUUUCAGAAACAAACCGAAAUCAUCGAAGACACCUAAAAAUCGUUGA